GGGGGGGGAUGUGUAGGCCGAUGACGAGACGCGACCCCCUGCUGCGCUUGUAUCUCCAGGCGAGUCUACGGUGUCCUCCGUCGGUCCCUCCCGCCAGCGUGACUCGCGCCGAGGAGACGCCCCCCGCGACAUGGCAGCCCCGUAGGACCCUGGAACGCGCGGUCAUGCAGCAGGCGUUGGGCUCCAGACCCGCUGAAGGCCUCAGCAGCGUAGGGGGGGGGCUGUCGCUGGGCUGCUCCCGAUGUGCGGGGAGGGACCGCCCCGGGACCCUGGCCUCGCUGCGGACCACCAUGAAGCCCCUCCCCCAGCGCCCCCCCGGUGCCCCCCCCCUGGGGCCCAGCGGGGGGCGACGGUCUCCCCCCAGGAGGCGCCGGACCAGGAGCGCCGGCGUGGGCCCCAAGGACGACGGGGAGGAGGAGGUGGUGGAGGAGGAGGAUGCCAGGAAAAAUGCGGAAGUACUGAGUCGGAUCCUCUUCCUCAGUCUACCCAGUCCGCCUCACCCAAGACCACCCACCGACCCGGGUCCAGACCCAAGACCACCCACCGACCCGGGUCCAGACCCAAGACCACCCACAGGCCCGGGUCCAGACCCAAGACCCCCCACAGACCCGGGUCCAGACCCAAGACCCCCCACAGACCCGGGUCCAGACCCAAGACCACCCACAGACCCGGGUCCAGACCCAAGACCACCCACCGACCCGGGUCCAGACCCAAGACCACCCACCGACCCGGGUCCAGACCCAAGACCACCCACAGACCCGGGUCCAGACCCAAGACCCCCCACAGACCCGGGUCCAGACCCAAGACCCCCCACAGACCCGGGUCCAGACCCAAGACCACCCACAGACACGGGUCCAGACCCAAGACCACCCACAGACCCGGGUCCAGACCCAAGACCAGCGCCUGGAGGUGGGUCAGACCCAGACCCUAGACCAGCGCCUGGAGGUGGGUCAGACCCAGACCCUAGACCAGCGCCAGGAGGUGGGUCAGACCCGGACCCUAGACCAGCGCCUGGAGGUGGGUCAGACCCAGGGGGUCCAGGGCCGUCUGUGGAGUUUGGAGGAAGGGAUGUUCGGACCGAUGUCUCCCGUUGGGCGGGGCUGGAGGCGGCGGUGCGUGGCCGGCUCGCCGUACUGCUGCACGCGGCCGACGGCAGCAUGCAGCGCCGGCUAGCACGUGUCAGCUGGGAGCUAGCCCGCACGGACACGGAGCUGCUGUGUGAGCGUGCUCACUGGCGCCACCUGGCCCGCGAGCGGCAGGAGGCGGCGGAGCGGCAGCGCGCGCUGAGCCGCCAGGUGGACGUGGCCGUCAGCGUGAUCGCCGCCCUGAGGGAGCAGCUCAACGCCUCUGAGGACCGGCUGGAGCAGCGCGAGAGAGAGGCGCUGAGCAUCCAGAGCUUUUUGGCGGCGGCGGCGCGGCAAGAGGCCAGCGGGAGGCUCCGCCUCCAGCGCUUCAUCGAGGCGCUGCUGGAGCGGAUCGCCCUCGCAGAGCGGCGGGUCCGGUCCUACCAGGGGGAGGAGCACGCCGACUGCCAGAGGGACCGCCCCCCCACACAGCAGCUCGCUGAGCAAGCUCGCCACAGGAUGUCCAAGAGCAGGUCAGCAGGGGGUCAACCAUACUCUGGUUUCCAUGACGACAGGAGCUCCUCCUCUUCUUCCAGGCCCAGCCUGGACCAGGACCUGGACCAAGACCAGGACCCGGGGUGGGUCUGGGAGCCCAGACAGCGCUGCAGGUCCCUGGGCUACGAUGUCUAGAGGGGACCUCCUCCUCCAGGAGACUGGCUAGGACCUGGACCUGGACCUGGACCUGGACCUGGACCUCCACCGCUAGAGACCCUCACAACCACCAGAACUAGAACAUUAUAACACAACAAUACACACAACGCCACUAGAACCAUUAGAACCACAACAACAAUAUAACCCAACAACAAACCCCACACAAGGAGAACAGCAUUAUAGAACAACACAACAACAAUAGAAUAUAAUCUAACAAUGGUAUAGCAAAACACAACACAAUAACACAACAUAACUACACAUACAUACAUGAUAAUAACACAAGAGCAGUAUAUAACACAAGAUCACUAUAUCAACACAAUGAGACCACGCAACGUCACCUAAACCCUUAGCCUCGUUACACAACCGGUUACUAACGGUUACUGUCUUCUGAAUGUAGCCCCGGGGUCCUGCUUUAACUUUUGACCUUUGACCUUUAACCUCUGGACUAUGGCUCUGGGUGAUGGAGUCUGCUGAUCACUGCUACACACACACACACACACACACACACACACACACACACACACACACACACACACACACACACACACACACACACACACACACACACACACACCUGUACGUAGUAUACUGCCCAUCGGCCCGGUCUCUGGGGUUAUACGUAUCUCUGCUGUAAAUGGUUCUGGGUUUUUAACUGUUAGUAUAUUUUGUAAAUUCUGUAUCCAGAACUUGUGGUAGGAGAACAUUUAAACUGAUAAUUAAUAAAAGAAGGUAUAUUAAUUGUGUGUGUGUGUGCGUGUGCGUGCGAGUGUGUGUGCAUGACCAUGUAUGUGCGUGUUUGUGCUAGCUAUAAAAGGUGUUUAAGGCAUAGCAUCAGGGCUAAUUCAGCGCUCAAGGGAGUCUGGCAGCAGAUGUCUCAGAGCGACACGAAGCAGCACAUAGAAAACACAGACUUCCUGGUGGUUCAGUAACGUUAUGACGUCACGUGGUAGAGUCAUGUGAUGAAGUCAAGGUGGUAGAGUAAGUUGAUUACGUCACGGUGGUAGAGUAAGGUGAUUACAUCGUGUUGGUAGAGUAAAGUUAGGACGUCAUGGUGUAGAGAAACGUUAUUAUGGUACAGUUACGUUUUGACAUCACGGUGGGAUGUUACGUUAUGACGUCACUGCGGUAGACUUAAGUUAUGACGUCAAGGUGUUAGAGUUUCCUAUGUUCUGUUUGUAGAGCUCGUUAGAGGAACACUCUGUAUACCACUGUACUGUGAAGAUCUGAAUUAAACAUGUAUCCAACAUC